GUGGAGUCAGGCAGGCUCUCGGGCCAACGCCACUCCAGAACGAAGUAGGCCUCCAUCCUCUCGCCAUGGGCUCCCGGCCGCGCGGGGCGCUGAGCCUGCUGCUUCUGCUGCUAGCGCCGCCCAGCCGCCCAGCCUCUGGCUGUCCCGCGCCAUGCCGCUGCUCUGAGACGCGCGUGGACUGCGGGCGCCGCGGGCUGACCUGGGCCUCGCUGCCGGCUGCCUUCCCUCCCGACACUACAGAAUUGGUGCUGACCGACAACAACCUGACGGCGCUGCCGCCCGGGCUUCUGGAUACGCUGCCGGCGCUGCGCAGAGUGCACCUGGGCGCUAACCCAUGGCGCUGCGACUGUCGCUUAUUGCCGCUGCGCGCCUGGCUGGCCGGCCGCCCUGAGCGCGAGUUCUACCGCGACCUGCGCUGUGUCGCGCCUCUGGCGCUGCGUGGCCGCUUGCUGCCCUACGUGGCGGAGGAUGAGCUGCGGGCCGCAUGCGCGCCCGGCCUACUUUGCUGGGGAGCUCUGGUGGCGCAGCUAGCGCUGCUGGUCCUCGGGCUGCUACACGCGCUGCUGCUGGCACUCCUACUGAGUCGCCUGCGGAGGCUACGCGCGCAGGCGCGCGCUCGCUCCACCCGCGAGUUCUCACUCACAGCCCCGCUGGUGGCCGAGUCGGCCGGAGGUGGUGCAUCUUAAGAAAGGACAGGCGCAGAGCAACGACGACCUGCAAAUUUUACAGGUCCCUGCUGGAGGACCCUCCGCCUUCACCUGGAUCGGCCUUGGCCUCUAUCCUUGCCCAACUUCCCAGACCCAAGCUCUGCAAGCCUGAAUCCACAUGGGGUCAAACUGCUGCCAGUACUACCAGAAUGAGGCAACCUUGAGUCUUCAGAGCCUAGAGUGCUGGAGCAGUCCAGUCUCCUGCCAGACUCCGCACUGAAUAAACCUUUCUCCUCCUCA